AUUAAAAGUCAAAUCAUGUGUUGUGUCAAUAAACGAUCAUAUGUCACUGAUAUCGAAACAAAGUCGAACACUCACUUACUAGUAUAUCCACGUUGGUUAAAAGUCGUCGUCAUGUUUGGACAACAUAAGGAAUACUUUAGUAAAAAAUACCGACGCCGUACGUUUGGUGUAAUAUUAAUGUGUUUUAUGACUUUGAUGAGUGCUUUUAACGAAGCCGAUGAAACGGGGGGAAAUUCAGACUUAUCGCCAGAUAAACAAUUCAGAUACCGCAAUUACCAACCCUUUGCGCCCUACACACAGUUACUUAGUGCGGGGGAGAUCAAGAUAACCUGGCUUCCAAUAUUUUAUCGUCAAUCAUCGAAUGAUUAUUUUGAAUUAUACAAUGGAGAAGAGUUAGAGUAUGUCGGGAAGGAUUUAUUUCACAUUGCAAGAAGAUUGAACUAUGAAACGGAAUAUGCAUUCAAAUUGCGCGUCUGUGGUUCUGUCCCUGGUGACUGCUCUAAAUAUUCAAUACAAAGAUAUCAACGAACAGGAAAAAAGACAACUUCAAAUCAUCGAGAGAAAAACAAUAUCUUCUAUCAACUGCUGCAGAUAAAUGUCUUCCACGUUCCCACAUUCUCUUUGUUAUUAAUUGUUGUUAUGACUGGAUUCAUAGUUUGGUGUUUUAUGAGCUAUGUGGUGUCGUUCUUCAAUAACAUACAGACCGAUAUUGAUGAUAUUACUGAUGUUGUACAUUCGUCUACAUAUAACAAAGAACAAAAAUUUGGAACACUAAUUACACAUAAAUCAAGCUCAAAAAAAUCUUUUCUAAUCGAAAACGGUGUUGUAAAUACGUCCUGUCCUAACUUUAAGAAAAUUAUGGACAGUAACAUUUCCCUCGAAGAUGAUAAAGUUCCUAAGUCACAAAGUCUAUGGAACAAUCAGAUAGAUAAGCUAGAAAAUGACAAAUACAGGAUUAACAACAGCAGUAGCAGUGAGGAAAACAUCAUACAACCUGCCAAUAAAAAUCAAACUCAUGUACUCACAACACCAAAAAUUCCCAGAAAACGCCGCUUUCGAAGAAGAAGCAAAACCGCUCCAUCUUCAGCGUACGUUUCACACAACACCCAGGUGGGAGAACUAAGUGUGUCGGAUUCCGAAAUGAAAGGAAAUGCACACACAAAAUUGUGUCGAGUAAAGACGCCUAAUAUCGUUGUUGUUAUUGACAACAGCAACAUAUUUAUAGGUGCAAGAGAAGCUGCUUGUCAUGAAAAAUCGGGAAUUCGACCUCGACAUGUUAAACUAAAGCUAAUUCAACUGUUACAUAUUGCUGAAGAAGGAAGAAAGGUCACCCGAGGUAUUGCUGGCGCCUCAUCACCAACUACGACAAGUGCAGCCGUGUGGGAUAUAUACAGGAGGUCUGGAUACUCAGUUGAUUUGGAAGAUAGAAGAGGAAAGGAUGAACAGAGAGUUGACGAACAACUUCAUCUUGCUAUUUAUAGGGCAUUGGUGGAGCUUCCUGCUCAAACAUUGGUCAUUGCAACAGGUGAUGGAAACAAAGGUAAAUCAAGAAGUAACACCAGCUUUGUUGAAUGCGCGAAAAGAGCGAUAUACCUGGGUUGGAAGGUCGAAGUUUUGUCGUGGCGUCAUUGUUUAAGCGUUGAGUGGUUAAAAAUGGCGAAUGAAAAAAUGUUGAAAAUUAAAUUUCUUGAUGAACACAUACAUCAACUGACAUCAAUUGAGAAACGUCAGGAAAGAAGAUCGCCUUAAGAUAGAUUUACUGUACAUUCCUUGUAUAUAGUAAUAUAGUAUUUAAAUAUAUAUUCAUAUUUAAAAUGGAUGAGAUUUAUAGUU